AUGGCCUUCGAUUUGAAAGACUUGCAAAGCAACCCUGUCUACCAGAAGUACCACGAGCUCGAGGUAACCUACCAGAAGUACCUUGAUCGCUCUGUGCCACAUGCAACCCACCGUUGGAUAGCAUUUGGAGCAUUGUUUGCGGUGUUCUUUUUGCGUAUUUUACUCGCUCAAGGUUGGUAUAUCAUUUGUUAUGGACUUGGUAUCUACCUUCUUAACUUGUUCUUGGCUUUCUUGACGCCGAAGUUCGAUCCCUCCUUGGAACAGGAGAUGAAAAACGAGUCUAUUGAAGAAGGACUCGAAGGUGGCGCUGAAGCUGAAGGUUCCUCAUCUGCUUCUGCUGAACGUUCUGACCAAGAAUUCCGUCCAUUUAUUCGUCGUUUACCUGAAUUCAAGUUUUGGUAUAAUGCCACUCGUGCUACUGCCAUUUCAUUGCUCAUGUCUAUGUUUGUGAUUUUUGAUAUUCCAGUAUUCUGGCCAAUUUUAGUUAUGUAUUUUGUUGUCUUAUUCACUUUAACUAUGAGAAAACAAGUUCAACAUAUGGUUAAAUACCGUUACUUACCAUUUGAUUUCGGUAAGGCCAAGUACAAGCCAUCUCACUAA